AUGGUUCGCGCCCAACUGAUUUGCCUGCUCGUCGCCGCGACGUUGAUGUCGAUGGUGACGUCGGCGAGGAUACACCACCACAAGAAUGCACCCAUCGACGACCAGCACGUGCGCUGGGUGGAUCUGCUGGAGAAGCGGGAUAUCGGCAAGAUGGGAUACGGCUGGAACGACUGCGAGUUCUCGCCGAUGAGUUGUCUGCUGCGUAGGCGACGCUCGUUGCCGCUGCGCAGCUUUGAGGUCGAGAUGAAC